CCCAGCAGAACCACAGGGAGACAAAUGGCAGCACGCAAUAAGGAAAACUAUCCAACUAGGAAAUGUGUCCUAAGUGGAACUUCUCCCAUAAGGCAGCGAUCCAGCAAGAGCAGAUGUUCUAGAGGGACGCACAGACUGCCCGGCUGUAAGAGGAUUGUGUCUGUGUGCUGACCCCGGACUGACGCUCUGCUCUCUGUGUCCUUUCUUCCAGCUGGUCAUGCAGUAUCUCUACCAUGGUGGCCCAGAGUCACUGCUCAUUAAAAACAACGAGAUAAUGGAGCUUCUGUCUGCCGCUAAAUUUUUCCAGCUGGAGGCUUUGCAGCGACACUGUGAGAUUAUCUGCGCAAAGAGCAUUAACACUGACAACUGUGUGGAUAUUUACAAUCACGCCAAGUUCCUUGGAGUCACAGAGCUCUCCGCGUACUGUGAAGGCUACUUUCUCAAAAACAUGAUGGUCCUCAUCGAAAACGAGGCCUUCAAGCAGCUCCUCUAUGACAAAAAUGGCGAAGGGACAGGCCAGGAUGUGCUCCAGGACUUACAGAGGACGUUGGCCAUCAGGAUUCAGUCAAUCCACCUGUCCUCUUCCAAAGGUUCUGUCGUAUGAAACGUCCAGAGCAGGGAACGGUCCCCGGGGACUUUCCAGAUCCUGCUGCUGCAUCAGCUUCACACAAACACAUACCAAGUUCACCUGGCGUCUGUUUUUGGCUAGGCCAAGGAGCUGUCUACUGCCUCAGCUUCUCUCGAAUAAGCAAUUUCAGCUCCCGUGCGUUCCUGUUGAAAAACAAAGGACAUGCCACUAGUCAGAUGGCAGUGGGGCCCAGCGCGCGAAGGUCAACAUGGGGCAGCCAAGCCAAGCCCAUCGGAAAGCACCCCUGGGGCGGUCAAACACCCAUCACCGGGACCACCGUCCAAUGGAUGGAUUGAGGACUAAAGGUCGUCUGGGUUGCCGGUUGAGAGCCGGAGAACGUAACUGGUCUGACCCUGACGAGCGUCGUGUUCCCAUGAAGGACCUUCGUCACUGCAGUUCAGGGAGAGUCAGCCAUGGUAGCGAAUUCGCGAGACUGUUACCAAUAGCGAAGAAAUAAUUUGGCAAAUUUUUAGGGGUGGGAACUUUUUAAAAUGUUCAUAACAAAACAAAAAAACAGGGCAGCCUUGUAGUUUAAAAUCUAUUUCUAAAAGCUUAACAGUUCAUUUUCAAUUGAAUUGUGUUUAGGGAUCUGUGUUUUGAGUUUUGUUUUUUGUUUUCGUUUUUAAAAAAACAGUAAGUUGCAGGUCUAUACUAUAUAAACAUGCAUUUGACAAGAUAUUGCUGAUAGUCUAUACAAGGUAAAAUAAUAAUCUUGCCUUAGUGAUCAUGGUUACACAGAGAGGUGCACUGCCAAUAAUUAUCUCUAACCUGAUAGUUGAAAACAAUGUGCAUGCUAAUCGUGAUUUCGGGGUGAGAAUAAAACACCCCCACAUAACAAGACAUGCAUUUGCAUGGGCCCGAACCAGUGAAAUGUUAUGUUUGUGCUUCAUUUUUGCCAAGGUAAAAAAUGUUCCAUCACUUCUUGCUAAAAAUCCAUUUGGUGAAAACUAGAACAUAUUCCUUUCCUUUAACAAUGAUUCUGGGAUGCUUUUGCAGAAAUGUGUUCAUAGAUGAUGCUGAUGAGGGGUGGGGAGGGCGCACGCCAGGGGAUUUACUGUUAAUCCCAAAGUUUUCUCUGUAUUCUCAGAAGAUGUUAAUAGUUUGUUACUAGCCAGAUAAUAUGACUAUGUUAGAUUAUUUUUAAAGAUGAAACAUGUACGAUAGGAAGGAUUCUUUCUGUAUUCUGAGAGUGUACAGUUAUAGGGUUAUCUGUAAUGAAAGUUUAUAUCGACAGGGUUCCGUUUUGCUCUGCCAUAUAUUAUAAGCAAAAGAGAUUGGUGAAGUGCCACAAUAUUCCAAGUAAUUUUUGAGUUGCUGCCUUUUUUUUUUUUUCUUGUCCGUUAAUUUGAAACCUAGUUAGAAACGAGAAUGACUUUCAGCCUUUGGGGUUGGCAAAGUCUCAUGGGUAAACCUCUUUCCUAGCAUGCCUUUGCGAAGUCGUGCCCAGACCCUAGACUCUAGAGAAGCUGCUUUUACCCAUCGUACUUGCUCCCUGAGCCACCGUCCAGAGGACUAAUGCCAAGUUACAUGGGUGUGACCCAUGGAGCGCCUGGGCCGCGUCUGCCUACAUCAUUGGCCCUCAAGUGAUUUGGAUCCACGAGGCCUCUCUCCUACUUGGUCAUUUGCAAACCUCCCCAGGCCCUACCAUCAGAUGAAGGGGGGGGGGGUGGGGGGAGAGCGAAACUGCCUGCGGAGGAGGCCACGUUCCAGAAGAUCCACAGCCAGUGUGUGAGUCACCGCUGCCUCCUUCCUCCUCUGUGUUCUCAGAAAUGCUGUAUGAUGUUCCCUUCACCACGACUGACUUCCCCGCGAAUGUCUUAUGCUAGCUGGGGGCCUCUGGCCUCCGAGUUGUGCAGGGGCAACUCCCGACGGGCUUCUGUUAUAGUCUGGUGUGUGCUUUCUCUGUCAUUAAAUGAUUUUCCCAAGCCG